AUGCCUGUCCCUACAAACUUCGGCACCGAUUGCUUUCAGGCUUUGGAAGAGGCUUCGGGGACUCCUUGGACGCCACUCUUCAAUCAUGAAUGCUCAUUCCCUCCCGAAAUAUUCAGAGAAGUCAUGAUGAAUUUGAUCCGCAAUCCCAAUAUCAACAGCCAUCUGCUCUUCCGAGCAGAUAUAUCUCUCAAUGUACCCUUCUCCGCAGAAAACUUUCAGCCCCAGUCAAAAAUACCUCCUCGAAUCACGCAUUUCAAGGGCUUCGACCUGAAGACUGUUAUAGUCCGCACCAUGAUCCCAAGAAACGUUCUUCUCGACAAGGCGUUAGAUCAGUCAUGCUUAUACUACGAACGUGUUCGAGAUUCGGGUGAAAUCGAAUCUCUUGUGAUAUACCUCCCUCACAUCUCUUCCGCUGCCGAAACCCCCUUUUACCAUCCUGCUGUUCGUGGGAUCGCUUUUUUACACAAAUAUAAUCCCGCAUCUAAAGAAGGCAUCGUUUCAAUAUAUUACUCCUUUUUUGACUCAGAACCCCGAUCAGCAAAGCUUGAGCGGACUGCUUUUCAUUUGUUAGAGAUCCUACACAAGCAUGGCAAAGGCAGCAAUGCCGGAUAUGUGAAAAGGGUCCAUCAUGAUGUCGUCUUACCUCAAGCCACGGUCCAAAACACCUAUGCGAGGCUGAAGGCAAAAUAUGGAAAGAGCUUGUGUCAACAAUGGGUGGAAACCACAGAUCCGACGAAGCAUGUCUUCGAGGAUCUUGCAAUCGCGGCAUUCCUGGUCGAGCUUUGGGCCGAGAUGUACAAGGGCAAGACUUUCCCUGGCUUUGUGGAUAUUGGAUGUGGUAACGGAUUGCUGGUCCAUAUCCUGCUUGAGGAGGGUUACGCCGGUUGGGGCUUCGAUGCACGGGAACGGAAAUCUUGGGGAGUUUGGAGUCAGAAGGCGCAAGAGAAUUUGAAAGAGCUGAUCUUGAUUCCCUCUAUGUUGCAAACUUCCAAGACAACAAACGCAACAACUGACUCUGGCAUCCAAGCCAACGACACUUGCAGCCAAGGAGAUACAUAUCACGGAGUGAGCAUCCAUGAUGGGACUUUUCCAAAAGGGACAUUCAUUAUCUCCAACCAUGCGGAUGAGCUAACACCAUGGACACCUAUCCUUGCCAACCUUUCCGAAUCUCCAUUCAUCAUGAUCCCAUGCUGUAGCCAUGCGUUAAGUGGUGCCAGAUUUCGCGCACCUCCACCCAAAAAUGCGGGAGCUUCAAGUUCUGCGUAUGCCUCACUCGUUGAAUGGGUGUCCAAAAUCGCGAAGGAUGCUGGAUGGGAUGUCGAGAAAGAGAUGCUGAGGAUUCCGAGUACGAGGAACUCUGCGCUGAUUGGAAGACGUCGAGUGGUGCCUUUCGAAGAUGUAAUCAUCAAGGAGCUGGUAGAUGCGCAUGGAGGAGCCGCUGGGUGGGAAGAGAAUUCGUUGAAACUUAUCAAAAAAGCAUCGACAGGGCAUUGA